CACCAGGUGGCGUUUGUGACCAAAGGUUUUUUGUUUGUAGGUUUUGGCGCGCACUUUUUACGGGAAAUUAUUCUUGACUCCGUGUUACUUAAAAGUGCUCUCAGCUUGCAUCAUUGCCAAUUUUUGACUAGACUUUGAUCGAGACAGUCUUUUUUGUGCUUUCACUAAUUUCUUAUUAUUUGUUAACCUACCCUGGUCACCACCAUCAUCAUCAUCAGUAAUGAGUUUCAUUGAAGAUCAAUUUAAAGGUCAGUUGCCAUCAUUGACUGAGGACAAUAUAAAAGUAAUGAAGACUAACAAGGUUAAUGAACCUGUUGAGGAGGAACCAUUACUUCGAGAGAAUCCUAAUCGUUUUGUUGUGUUCCCUAUUGAGUAUCCUGAUAUUUGGGAAAUGUAUAAGAAAGCUGAAGCCUCGUUCUGGACUGUUGAAGAGGUUGACUUAUCUCGAGAUUUAACUGACUGGGCUAAGCUUAACGAUGAAGAACGUCAUUUUAUCAGCUAUGUGUUGGCAUUCUUCUCUGCCUCAGACGGUAUUGUAAAUGAAAAUUUAGCUGAAAGAUUUAUUCGUGAUAUCCAGAUUACCGAAGCUCGAUGUUUUUAUGGUUUUCAAAUUGCGAUUGAGAAUGUGCACUCUGAGAUGUACAGCCUACUGAUAGACACUUACAUCAGUGAUCCUGACCAGCGGGAGUUUCUUUUCAAAGCUAUUGAAACUGUCCCAUGUGUUGCUCAAAAGGCUGAAUGGGCAAUAAACUGGACUGCAAAUCCAUCAGUCUCUUUUGCCGAAAGAUUGAUUGCCUUUGCAUGUGUUGAAGGUAUCUUUUUCUCAGGCUCUUUCGCCGCUAUCUUUUGGCUUAAAAAGCGUGGCCUGAUGCCAGGUUUAACUUUCUCUAACGAACUUAUCUCUCGAGAUGAAGGAUUACAUUGUGAUUUUGCCUGUUUGUUAUUUAAAUAUGUUGUUAAAAGACCGAGUGAAAAAAUUAUUCAAGAAAUAGUGCGAGAUGCUGUGGAAAUCGAGCAGAAAUUUUUAACCGAGGCAUUGCCAGUUUCUCUCAUAGGAAUGAACAACAAAAUGAUGGCCCAAUACAUUGAGUUUGUUGCAGACAGAUUGCUGGUUGAAUUAGAGUGCUCAAAGAUUUACCAUGCUCGUAAUCCAUUUGAUUUUAUGGAUCACAUUUCUUUGGAUGGUAAAACAAACUUUUUCGAGAAAAGGGUUGGUGAAUAUCAAAAAAGUAAUGUGGCCAAUGGAAACAAGGAAGAUGCUAAGUUCGUCUUGGAUGCUGACUUUUGAAUGACCUCCACACUUGUAGUCAUGACAGGCUCGCUUUAAAUAUUUCAUUUAUAUAAAAGGAGCAUCAACCCAUAAUUUUGAUUCAAAUUAUCUUUCACUUUUUAACAACUUAUUAUCAGAAUUGUAACAAAUCAAUUGAUAUUUUUAGAUUCAGUUCAUUUCACUUUACCUGUUGUUCAACUUCCCUUUACUUACUGUAAUAUUUAUCUGACUAGGAUAUUUUCACUGUACAACAUUUAUUAUUUUUAAACAUUUUUAAUUUGCGAAAAAACAUUUAAAGAUAUUUCGAUACAACUUGAUUGACUGACUAAAUUUUGCGGGAUUAUCCUGAAAGUCGCUCAUGGCUCUGAUUUUUGAAGUUGGAGUUUCAUUUUGGUUGUAGAUGACGUUUUGAUCUCAAAUAUAUAUCCUUGUUAAUUGAACAAAACUAGCAA